GGAAAAAGGCAGAAACCGCAGCGAGGGUCAACACCGCCCGUCGUCAAACCUCGGCCAGUCGCGAUCUCAUUACGCCCUCGCCCGUCCGCCGAAGUAAAGAUGGGUCUUGCAGGCCCAAAAAACAAGCGCAAGCUGGGCAACGACCCGAACAACACGAAAUGGAGCCGUAACACGGAUUCGUUCGGCCAUCGCAUGCUGCGGUCCCAGGGAUGGCAGCCGGGGCAGUUCCUCGGCCCGCAGGACUCGGCGCACGCGGCUUUCCAUACCGCUGCGAGCGCAUCGCACAUCCGCGUCGCGCUCAAGGAUGACAACCUCGGCCUCGGUGCCAAGAUCAACCGCGGGGACGAGUGUACGGGUCUCAACGCCUUUAAGGAGAUGUUGGCGCGCCUGAACGGCAAGUCCGAGGCCGCCAUCGAGCAAGACAAGAAGGCCAAAGAGGAUCACAUGCGGAGUGUCUACAUCGAGCGCAAAUUCGGAACCGUCCGGUUCGUUCGAGGGGGGUUCCUUGUCGGAGACAAGAUGGAGGAGUCAACAGAAAUUGCCAAUAAGGAUGGCGCUAGCAAGAAGAGCGAGGACUUAGCUGCAGCCAGCAGCGCCGAGGGCGUGGUCGAGGCGAAAGUCAAGAAGGAGAAGAAGUCCAAAAAGCGAAAGGCAGAUGACGCAGAAGUUGACGCCCGGUCAAAAGAGGAGCGGCGAAGUGAUAGAAAGAAGCGCCGGAAGGAGGCCUCGGAGACAGGCGGAGACGACAACAGAACCCCUGAGACCGAGAACGAUGCUUCUAGCACCGAGUCAAAGUCCAGGAGUAAAAAGGAGAAGAAGGAAAAGAAAGAGAAACGGAAGCUUAAGGAGGAGGGAGCCGCGGCCGCCGAAAAGGACUCUGCGGACGACAAAAGCGACAAGCGGAAGGACAAAACGAAGGAGAAGAAGGAAAAGAGAGAUAGGGAAGCGAAUGUUGACGAGGAACCCUCUCGCGAGUCCACGGCAGCUCCGCCCACCGGUGCAUCAACGCCAACCGGCAGCGGCACCUCGACGCCGGUGUCCCAGGUGUCUGCCCGAUUCUUGUCCAGGAGGCGAUUCAUUGCUCAAAAGAGGAUGGCGCUCAACGAUCCGCAAGCCCUUAAUCAGAUCUUCAUGAUAAAAUCCUCAUGAGUGACACGCCUCGGUCCAAGCGAGGAGAUCCGCGAUCGGCUACCAUGUACAUUCAUAGAUACCCGGGGGUUUGCCCCUUUAUCAAGCCGGCGCCAGUUUUACAGGGCACGCACAAUAUUGUCUUCCAAACUCCAUUUGUGAUCAUAAGUGCUUGUUCAUAUCCCGAAAUGCCAACCUGUGGCCAAGGAAGCAAUUACAGCGGGCUCCCCCAUCCUUGGUCCUGUUCCCUGCAUGGGGAUGAGUAUUGAAACCUUCAAAUAGAGCCUCAUUGUCAUUUUAAUUCUGCAUUCGCCUCUUCAACUCCCUUCCUGCACCCCUCUCCUAUCCCCCCAACAGCAACGUCC